AUGGCAGAACAAACCUCCCAAGAGGGUCGCUUCCAAACCCUCCUCAGCUGGGCCACCACAAAUGGAGCUCAACUCCACCCCAAUAUUGAAAUCUCUCAGGACCCAGCCACGGGUGCCGGGUUCACGGUCAAAGCGGAACCCCCGGGCCUCCAAGUGAGCAGCGGCGAAACCGUGGUUACAUGCCCUAUGCCCAUCACCUUGUCCUACCUCAACGCCCUCUCCAAUCCGCCGCCGGGCUUCCGCCAAGAGCCGGAAGAAGCAAGGUUCCCUUCCGAGUUCCUCUCCGGCGCACCACCGCACGUUAUCGGGCGCUUCUUCCUCGUCAAACAGUACCUUCUCGGCAGGGACUCCUUCUGGUGGCCGUACAUCCAGGCCCUGCCGCAGCCGGACCUCCCGUCCGAAUGGCUCAUUCCACCCUUUUGGCCCGAGGCGGACGCAGCCUAUCUCAACGGGACGAAUCUGGAGGUGUCCAUCCACGAGAUAAGAACGACGCUCGGCGCCGAGUACGAGGAAGCUACCAAGCUCUUGGCCGGCUGGCCGGGCGCGGACGAGUACACGCCCGACUUAUACCACUGGGCGUAUGCCAUCUACACCAGCCGGAGUUUCAUGCCCACGCUUGUCGUGCCCGACAUCACCGCAAAGGACCACGCCACGGGUAUCGACUGGGAUAGCUUCUCCAUCCUUCUCCCGCUCUUCGAUAUCGGCAACCACGACAUGACGGCGCUCACCUCGUGGAAGACGGACCGCGAGGCGCAGUCCUGCGAGCUCCUCACGUUCAACGUGAAGCCGUACACUUCUGGCUGCCAAGUCUUUAACAACUACGGCGUCAAGACCAACGCGAAGCUUCUCCUCGCGUACGGCUUCACGCUCGAAGAGACGCCGACCCUGCAAAACGACUACGUCCACGUCCGCAAGCGCGUCGUCCACGACCCGAGCGCGGCUGGGCCUUUGCCCCCGGCGCCCGAGUACCUGUUUUCCCUGAGGCCCAUGAUGGACCCCCGCUCUUACGUCGGCGGAGUCUCGCAGCAUGCGUACCGUGAUCUUGGGCCGAGACUGUUUCCGGCGUUUAGGCACAUCCAAGCCUCCAUGGUCUUGGAUAUCUUGGAGCAGAUCUUGAACAACAACGCGGCCUUUAGAGACCCUGAAAUCCCCACCACGGAGGAUUAUUUGCGCAAAGUCCUCGUCGCGGACCUCUCCCGGGACAAGGCAGCCGUGCUACAAAUCAUACUCGCCACCGUCCAGCAAAAAGCGCUCCAGGAACUGGAUAAGCUCGACGAAAACGAGCCGAUGCCCUCGGAAGAUGAAGAGCUUUCGCAGAAUCAGUUGCUUGCACUGAAUUUCAGAAAUCAGUGCCGCUCCGUGCUUCAUAAUGUCAUGGACUCGAUUCAGGAGUCUACCGAGGAUGAUCGCUUCAUUUCUAUCAUGGGGCCCGAAUAA